AUGACUCCGGGUCUUGAGAGAAGCCCAGUCAUGGAUACGACUCUCGGAUACCUCUCCUCCAGCUGGGAGAAACGAGCGGAGGCCACGAUGGAAGCGCCAUUAAUAUCUGAACAAGGCCAGACGGCACUCCUAUGGAUCGGCGUCGUUCUUUCGUUUAUUCUGGUCAUCAUUCGAACACAUACUCAAUACCAGAGCAGCAAGCAGUUAUUCGUCAACGACUACUGGAUAUUCUUCGCUGUGCUCUGUCACUUGGCAACCGCUAUUGUCUACCAAAUCGCCAUGGCGCCAAUGUAUGAGCUCACAUAUAUCGGGGCAGGGUUGAGACUACCAACAGAGGGAUUCAUGGACCGAGCAUCGCUUUUUCUCAAAUUACAGUAUGCUGCCGAUCUUCUCUUAUGGACCACAUUAUGGUCGGUCAAAUUUUCGCUUCUUUUCUUCUUCUGGCGAUUGUUCGACUCGGUGAACUCUUCCAUGAGGUUAUUCUGGUGGAUUAUGUGUGGAGUCACCGCGUCGACUUGGAUCACAAGUGUGGUAUUGCAGGAAUUUGCCUGUGACCCUAUUCGCGACUUUUUCACGCUGGGCAAAUGCUCCUCUGCGCAAGACAUCUUUUUCUCCAAUCUUGUUUUCCGUUUUUCAGUCGGGACUGACAUCGCAGGUGAUAUUUGCAUCAUGAUUAUCCCCUUCCCACUGCUCCACAAGUUAAAGGUCAACCGUCGAAAGCGCUUGAUUCUAAUCGCCGUCUUCUCCCUACCAAUCAUUCCAAUCAUGUUUGCUAUCCUACGUCUCGUCAUGACCAACCCGAAAACGCACAACGUCGAUCCGAUAAAAUUCCAACUCUUUUCAAUGUUAGAAAAUACGUCUGCAAUCGUUACCUCCUGCCUACCUGCUUUCCGAUUAUUCAUCGUCAAUACGCACAGUUCCACGGUUCACAGCGACUCUCGACCCUCCCACCGGUACUCGCGAGGGAUUGGUGGUUCAUACAGAAAUUAUGGGGAAUUAACACAAGCCAAGAAAGAUGGUGGAAUUCCUCUGGGCUCCUUUACCCAGUCAAAUUUUGAUUCAUAUCAUGAGCCAAACGUCAUUCAUGAUAGAGCAGUAGUUGGGAAAGGGGUCUCAGUGGACAGCGAUGAGGAGGCUCUUAACCCUCGCUACCCCACGCCUAAUUACGGUGUUCUAGUUACAAAUGAAUAUCAUGUUACUUAA